UGCAUAAUAGGUCGAAGAAGAACAAAAGUGGUAAUAUAAGCUAUACAAAAAUAAAUUCACAAAUUGGUUCUUGUUUAGAACGAAGACAAUUCUGGCGAGUAUUUAGCCUCACUGCGAGUUAGUUAUUAUUAAUUAAAAUUAUUGUUAAUCAAAUUCUGUCGUGAAAACAGAAAUAGUAUGCAAAAAGUAAAUGUAAACUUUAAUUUAAUUUUAGUAAUGUCUUCAAGCUCGAUUCGCUUUAAUAAGUAAUAAUUCUCUUCCGUCAAUUUCACGAGGUUGACAUUUAAAACGUUAAUACAAACAUUUUUUUGUAUUCUGUUUACGAACGAGACAAGGUUAGUUGGUCGAAUCAUCCUAUAUUUAUAUCAAUCUGGUAAGGCCUCAUACAUAUUCAUAUUAGUGAAGACUCCGGGAACAACAUGUAAAUGCGAGCCAAUAAGCGAACGAAUAUAUUUUUCGUCUAACAUGCAAUACAGAUUUUGUUCUCUCGAAAGCCGAGUUUCACGAUCAGAUGAACAAAACUACGCGAUCUGAGCACUGCUAGUCGGACUUAAAAACUUAAGGAGUUUUGCGAGUUUUGAGCGGACAAUUGUAAUCAAAACUUCCGUCACGCACUAGCACGGGAACUGUGAUUGCGCGUCGAGUGAUAGAGAGAAAGCAUUGCAUCGUAGAAAUUGACGAAAUACUCAACGACUCAGUUUUCGAAAUCUUAUAUGUUUGUUUAAUUGGAAUAUCAAUUCAAUAUUUAUUACAUUGCAUAAACAGUUUUGAGAAGUGCAAUUAAAUAAGUCGUCCGUAAUCUAAUCGAAUAGCUGUUGGGAAUACUGAACAAUCGACAUGUUAUUUUACAUUAUUGCAUUCAGCGUUGCAAUACUUGGAUUAUCCUCAGCCAACAAACCUACGCUUCCUGUAACCAGCUGCAAACGGGGUUCAGAUGAUUAUUCCGCUUGUUUAAAACGUGCUUUUCAAGAAGCAUGGCCACGAUUUGUUGCAGGGAUGCCAGAAUUUGACUUUCCAUCUUUGGAUCCAUUAUAUUACAAAUAUGGCAAAGUUGUAUAUAAUUCAGACCUGAUACAUGCAAACGUUAUUGGGUCAAAUAUCACUGUUUUUGGUUUCUCGAAGACUCAUGUUUUUGAUAUCAGAACACAUUUUUUUAAUGAUAAUUUCCGUUUGGAAAUUGACGUAAUUUCACCGAAACUAUUCAUAGAAGGUAUCAUGAAUAUGAAUGGUACUCUAGGAGGUAUAUUUAGAAUUGUUCGUGAAGGUCCUUUUAAUAUAACUGGUGAUGAUGUGAGAGCAACGUGGGGUUUAACAGGGCAUGUAGUAAAUGACACGUGGAUUGUAGAACACUUUCGUAUGUUACCGUCAGUUGAAACGGUUAAAGUAUAUUUUAACCUUUUUCCAGACAAAGGAUUGAAUGAUCUUGUCGUAUUUUUUGCGAACGAAUUCUGGCCAUCAUUAUAUCGUUAUAUAAUACCAAUAACGUCUAAUGUAUGGGAUCCAUGGUUAGCUGGUAUCGCUAAUAAGUUUUUUUCGAAAGUUUCCUUCUCAGAAGUAUUUCCAUAAAACUCAUAUAAUGAUUUACAAAGAGAUGUAAAAUUACCGUUAAAUUUAAUGACAAUUAUUUACGGCGAAAUUAUGCUAGAUACUAAUUUAUUGGUAAUUUUAAUAACAUUUAUUAUUAGAUUGAUGUAAAAAUCUAGAUUUUCUCUCCGCGGUAUCCGAAAAAUUGGUGCAUAGGCUACUUUUCUUGAAACAAAGAAGCGCAAAAAUCACUUUUUGUAUAAAUAAGAGAAUUUGUGGAGCGCAGAAGAUUGGUCAUAAUUAAUUCGUUAUUAGUGCUAACCGUCAAUUGUGUCAGCAGUCGCAGUUAUCUCUUAAAAUCAAUCGAACAUUUUGCAUGUACCACGAUUUCGAGAUUCUGCAAAUCAUUCCAAAAUUGUCCUCGAUAGACGAUCUUUGCGGCCCACGAUCAUCCUUAGUUCUACUUCAAUCUAUGUACUCUUGGAUACAGCAAGUAGUGAGUUAAACCGUUAAUACUUAUUUUUAUGUGUAAGGUUAUCUACACGUUUGAAUUCACAGCAAGAAACAUGCAAUAAAAAUUUGGACUAAUCCGAGAUCGAUUUCGUGACGCACUUUCUCUAUUUUUGCCUACCAUCUCGAUCUUUACCAUUUCCAAAGAAGUUCCGAAGCUUUGAAUUUUUCAAAAAGUCUUCCUCCCCGUAAUACCUUUCACUCCGUCUGCAAAGAUGAUUUUUAUCAGGAUUCUCCUCUUUCAUCCAGAAUAAUCGAAAUCCUAAUACACUUUCUAUCUUCUGCCUGUCUUUCUAAUCACGAGUUUGAAGAGAUUCUCUUUGAUUCUUUCGCUUUCCCUUAAGCGAUUUUCCCCUCUUCCUUUCGGAUGUUUCUUCGUUGGUUCUGAUUUAGUAAAUUGAGUAGAGCUUACGACAUUUAUUUUUCGUGUUUCUGCUGAUUAAGUGAUCUAUGUAUUUACCUGAAAUUCUCUUAUUUUUUCUUGAUACUGGCAUAUUAUUUUUCCAUUUAUUUCUCGCUCCUAUCAUUACAAUCGAGAAUUAGACUAACUUUUUG